ACGACAUGGAACUCCUUCACCGUCAACAAAGCUGAGGCCCUUUUCCUCUCCACCACUACCGUCCGCCCCUCUCAAGAUGAAUGGCUCCGGCGGUCGGAACGCUGGCCAGGAGCCGUUCUUGCCCCUCGGCGGUGGCGGCGGUGACCCCGGGGGCGCGCCCUUGGCGAGCCACGACCCCUUCCUACCCCUCCUCAACCUCUCCGCCCUCGGCCAGAAGAUGGACUCCCUCCGCCGCUUCCUCUCUGAUGCCAUAGACAGUCGCACCGUCAUCGGCGAUGACCAGCUACAGAUGGUCUCCUCCCAUAUCGCCUCGGCCGUCCAGGGGAUCAUCCUCAACGGCGCCGCUCUCCUCGCCUCCUCCCAACCGCUUAAUCCCUCCCCCUCCUUCGCUGCCGCUGGUGGUCCCACCUCUCGAGAUGCAGUGACCCUUCGCUUCGCCGAGACCAGAUCCGGUAGUCCGCCGUCCAUCCAAUUCGGAAACGGAUCCGAGCCGCCGACCUCGGAUCCGGCGGCGGCGAUCGGGGAGGAGGACGACAUAGUGGAGAUCGAUGCUGCAGAGCUUCUGGCGGAACACGUCCACCUCUGCGAGAUCUGCGGCAAGGGUUUCAAGCGUGACGCGAACCUCCGGAUGCACAUGAGAGCUCACGGCGACCGGUUCAAGACCCUGGAAGCCCUCUCGAAGCCGGACCGGGAAGUUCGCCCGUCGGAUGGCGGGGAGGCGGUACCCGGGAGAAGAGUUAGGUUCUCUUGCCCGUAUCCCGGGUGCAACAGGAACCGGGCGCACAAGAAGUUCCGACCACUCAAGUCGGUGGCGUGCGUGAAGAACCACUUCAAGAGGAGCCACUGCCCCAAGAUGUAUUCUUGCCACCGGUGCAAUAAGAAGAACUUCUCGGUGGUGGCUGACCUUAGGAGCCACCUCAAGCAUUGCGGAAUGACCCGGUGGCGGUGCUCGUGUGGGACAAGCUUCUCGAGGAAGGAUAAGCUUUUUGGGCAUAUCACUCUGUUCGAGGGGCACAUGCCAGCGGUUGAAGUUGGUGCGGAGGAGGAAGUGAAGAAGAAAGGUGUGAUUUUGGAAGUAGACGAAGAAGAAGAGGAAGGAAUUGGAGGAGCAGAGAAGGAUGGCGAGGGUUUUGAUUCUGAAUUUUUUAAGGGCAUAAUGGAGGAUUUUGAUGAGAUUGAGCGUCGAAGUGGAAGGAUGCGCUAGCAUCUCUGUGUGAAAUACAUCAAAGAUGCUUCGUCAUCUCCGGGCAACGACAAGGAGACAGAACGCAUUUUGGUGCAUUCUCCAGAAUCUUUCAUCUUGACCUGAGCUAAACUUAUGCAUUACAAGGCUCUGGAAGUUGUAGGGCAUCACUUCCACUCUGAAAGCUUGUAAAACAGUACAAGAUGCAAAGAACAAGCGUGUGGGUAGAGUAUCUGUAUAUAUGAUGUUUAAGGUCUACCUUUUCCUAUCUAAUUUUACUUAUAAUAAUUAGUUGUACAACAUUUCUCUUUUUAUAUUUUUGGUGCAACCUUAAUAAGAUGGAGUUGAUAAGAAAGUCAUUUAUCAUAUGUUUUUAAGCA